AUGGCACACCAAAAACACUCUGAUUAUACUCCCAAUCUACGAGGAAGUUAUGACAGGCCUGGAGGGUUAACUGAUGUGGCUAGUCAGACAGCCGGUGCCGUCCAAACUGUAGGAGAUGCAAUUACUCCAUUCGUUCCCCUAUUCAACAUGGUUACGAGCAUACUUACUCAAAUGUUACAAAUCUAUGAUAAUGCAAAAUGUAAUGAAAAAAUAUGUGCUGCUUUAUUAGAUCGUGUUGAAAUUGCACAAACUGCCGUCAAAUCAUUACAACGUAAAUAUCAGGCAAAUGAAAAAAAUUUUAGGAAACAAGAUUAUUAUCAUGCUUGGGUUAGAUUUGUUAAUGUUUUGGAGAAUAUUAGGAAAUUUACUAAAGAAGUUACGCAAUUGUCAUAUAUUCAAAAGGUUGUAAAUGCUAACGUUGUUAAAGAGGCUUUUGAAAAAAAUAUUAAAGAAUUUGAAGAAGUCUGUAGAGAUUUAAACUUUACUAUGGCUAUGUACAAUAAUGAACAAAGAGAACAGGAGGCAAAAAAUGUAGCAGAAGAUCUUGAAAUUUUGAAAAAGUCAAUGGAUGACAUGAAAGAUGAAAUUAAGGCUGAAAUUAGGUUAGCGAUAACGGAAGUUACUACGUUGAUAUCAAACGCAAAUGCUCCCGCGGAUAAAAUGGUACCUCUGAUCGAUGAGUACAAAGCUCCCAGUGUAGAUCCAAAUGAAUUACAAGAUCCAUUUUCUUCUACCGAUAAUGUUCGUGGAGCUAAUAAAACUAUCUGUAAAAAAAUUUACCGUGGAAUAGAGGUUGCGUGUAAAAAAUUUGUUAAAAACCUUGACGGACUGACAAGAAAUUUCGGUCAAGCAACUUGGGAUGAUGAACCUUCAGCACGUCCUUCGGACAUGGAAAUGCAACAUGCACUUAAAGACCUUUUUCAGGAACAUGUAUUUUAUAAAGGUGUUUCCCCUCAUAUACAACCCAAAAAAGUUAAUUCUAAUGACGUCCCAAAUUUAGAGCUUCCAAGCAAUUUCCAAGAAAAAAUUUGCAUUAGCACUGAUCCUCAGCAACCUAAUAAACAAUUUGAAGUACCUGAUGAUUGUUUCGAUUUAGAAGAAGUAAUGAAGUAUAUGGUUAUGGCAGCAAAUUCUGAAAAUUCUACUGCACUUUUUAACUUGGGUGACAUUUAUUGGAGUGGAAAGCUUGGGGUUACAGUUGAUAAAGUAAAAGCAGAGCAAUAUAUUAAAUUGGCAGCUUUGAAAAAUCAGCCUAAAGCUAUUCAAUUUUUGGAAAAAAUUAAGGCAGAAAAAACCAAGUAA